GCACAAUUGUGUUAAGGUUAAAGCAUGAGAUUAGUGAAAGCCGAAAUGGUCCAAAUGUCAUGACCAUGAAGCAUUAACUUAAAGGCCCACCAAACACUGCCAACACACGAAAACCCCAGACUUCUCUGUUCUCUACUCACUCGUAACCUCACGUUCCUCACUUUCUCUCUCCUCAUUUUCAUCCACCACCACAACUCCACGCCGGGGAUCGGCGGAAGCCGACGAUAUUCCGGAGAGGCGGCCAACUACGACAACUAAACCAUCACCUCCUUUUCCGACGGACGGUGGCACCGCCAACAACUAGAUUCUUCUUCUUCCUCUUUCCCCUCCUUUUCCAAGAUCACUCAGAUGGGGGAUCAAACAAAGCAAUCGGAAUUGAGCAUCGAAGAGGAAGUGGGUGGAGUGGUGGAGAAAGCAAAGGAAGUGCAAGAAGUGGCAGCAUCAUUCAUUUCGAAGUCAACAAGGGAAGAGAAAGAACUUCAACAACGUGCUCGUUCCCUUGAUGAAUCCAUUAGAAAGCUUCGUUCCUCCAUCAGCUCUCUCACAUUUGAUAGUCGCAUAGAUCCCAGAAAAGUUGAGAAGCUUGAGUAUGAUUUGAACCGAGCUAACUGCAUCCUGGCUGAUGGAGACGCGUCAUCUUUUCUUCCCGGCAAAAUUGAGAGUCAAUUUUUAAAGAGGUUUCUUGGUCCUAUUAAUGUGCGAGCCAUUAGGAAGGAUGUGCAGUUGAAAGUCAAAGAAGAGUACAAUAGUUACAAAGAUAGAACUGCCUACUUGUUUCUUCUUUUUCCAUCAAUUCUACUGAUUCUUAGAUAUUGGAUGUGGGAUGGCUGCAUGCCUUCUUUUCCAGUUCAACUAUAUCAGGCUUGGCUUUUAUUCCUCUACACAGGUUUGGCUUUGAGAGAAAACAUCUUGAGAGUAAAUGGGAGUGAUAUUCGUCCAUGGUGGAUAUAUCAUCAUUACUGUGCAAUGGUGAUGGCCCUCGUGAGCCUUACUUGGGAAAUUAAAGGUCAACCUGAUUGUGCACAGAAGCAGAGAGGGGUAAAGCUUUUCCUACAAUGGGCAAUGAUGCAAGGAGUCGCAAUGUUAUUGCAAAACCGCUAUCAACGGCAGAGGCUUUACACUCGAAUUGCACUUGGAAAGGCAAAGAGAAUGGACGUUGUGUGGGGAGAAACAGCUGGAGAGAGGGGCCAACUUUGGCUGCUUUGCCCUAUACUUUUUAUUUUGCAGGGUUUCGAGGCUUAUGUUGGACUGUUGUUGCUUCAAACAGCAUUUGUUGGAGUUGUAUCCGAAUGGCAGGUCGUUUUUUGUGGAUUUCUUCUGGUUUUAAUGGCAAUUGGGAAUUUCGCAAAUACGGUGCAGACUUUACUCGUCAAAUCACGGUUUAAGGCAAAGAUGAAAAGGACUAAAAGUAAGCAGCAGUUAGAUUAGAGAAGGCUUUUCCAAAAGUUCAGUAGUCUCAUACUCCCUUUACUUCUUAAUUAUAUCCUUGGUCUGUUAGCUUUGUGUUUCUCAAGAUUCUUUUUAAUGGAGUUUAGAAUUGUACACAUUGUUUUAUAGCAGAUUUUACACCCCCUCCGCCCGAAAAAAAUAAGAAAAACAGAGGUAAUUAUGUAAAAGUUUUCUGUCUUUACCACAAGUUCGAAUAUUUGUAUUGUUUAGCAGAUUGCCUGAAUUGGUCUGUAUUUGUCAAUAAUAAGAUGGGAUGAUCCCCUAUAUUCAAUUUUGAUUGAUCCA